AUGGAUAGAUGCAAAGGAGAUGGGACCGUAUUUAAAAAGAAGCUCACCUCGGUAGCUUGGGUAUUAAAUGCGACAGAUGCAACAGGGUCUCGGGAUGCCAAUCGACGCCACAUACAGAUGAGGCGUUCUGGGAAGCAGCAAGUAAUUCAUGAAAUGGGUUAUGGGAAUCAUGUGGGUAUUUCUGUACCAAAUUUGGCAACUAUGAGUUUCAAAGAAGAGCAUCAAAAGCUCCGGAACACGGUUUCCACCAUCCAAGCUAUGCUUUUGGAUGCGGAGGAGCAGCAGGCCAAGAACCAUGCCGUCAAAGAUUGGCUUGAAAAACUAAAGGAUGCCAUGUACGACGCGGAUGACUUGCUAGAUGACUACUCCACUGAACUUCUGCGCCGGCAAGUGAUGACAUGGGAUAAGAAGGCAAAACAGGUACGCAUCUUCUUUUCCAAUUUGAACCAGCUUUUAUAUUGCCAUAAAAUGGGUCAUAGGAUCAAGGCAGUUAGGACAAGAUUGGAUGACAUCGCAGCUGAUAGGAUCAAAUUUAGCUUCACUAAACGCCAGCUUGAGCGUAAAAGGAGAGAAGAUACACACUCUUUUGUACCUGACCAAGAAGUUAUUGGGAGGGAGGGUGAAAAAAAGGCUAUUAAAGAUCAAUUGUUUUUGGAUUCUGAUGUGAAAAGGAACGUUUCCAUCAUUCCCAUAGUUGGGAUUGGUGGACUAGGCAAAACCACACUUGCUCAACAUGUGUUUAAUGAUGACGAGGUCCAAAGUCAUUUUGAUCUUAUGUUGUUGGUGUGUGUCUCUGAUCCUUUUGAUAUUAGAACUAUUGUUCAAAAGAUCAUAGAAUGCGCAACUGGAAGGAAACCUAAAAGCCUUGAGAUGAAUUUGUUGCAACGUCAGCUUCGAGAAAAAAUUGAUGGGAAGCGAUAUUUACUUGUUUUAGACGAUGUAUGGAAUGAAGAUCGUGAUACAUGGUUGAGAUUUGAGACAUUGUUAUUGGGUGGCUUGAGAGGAAGCAAAAUUUUGAUUACUACACGCAGUGUAAAAGUUGCAAAUAUUACAUGCACAGUGUUACCGUAUCUUUUGAGAGGUCUAUCUGAAAGUGAUUCAUGA